UACUGUUCGUCUCUCAGCAGCAACCAUGAAUGUUUCAAACGUGACGUGUAAUGAGAGCUGGGCACUGGAGCCCCAGACCUUCCAGCAGGUGGUCUACAUCCCAGUGUUCCUGCUGGGCCUGCUGCUCAACGUCUCGGCAGUGACCGUCCUCCUCCUGAAGCGCCGUCAGUGGACGGACAUGCACAUCUACACGCUCAACUUGGCCCUGGCCGACCUCGCCCUGGUGUUCUUCCUGCCUGUACGCGUGUUUGCUGCCUACCACCCUCUUGAGCCCUCGGACUUCUGCUCAGCCAUGUUCUCCAUCCAUUACAUCAACAUGUACACCAGCAUCUUCACCGUCACCUGCAUCAGUGUGCACCGCUACCUCAGCAUCAGGUUCCCCUUCUGGGCCCGAGAGCGGAGCACCAAGAAACGUAUUGCUGUGCUAGUCUGCACUCUCAUCUGGGUAACGCUGGUGUCUCUAUGCCUCGUGUUUGGCUCUGAAAACACUCACACACAUUUGCGCUCAUGUUACAGCCGUUCUGAUAAGAAGAGGCAAUCUCUUACAUUCUUACUGGUGGUGGUGAUAUUGGGCUAUCUCCUCCCACUAGUUACAAUGACUUUCUGUUCCAUCCAGACCUCUCGCAUUCUUUGGACAUCAGAAGAGCAUCAGAGUGGUGAGGAGACCUCUGUGCAAAAGAAGACAUUUCUUCGACUUAUAAAAGCCAAUUGGAUUGUGUUUGUUGUUUGCUACACACCUAUCCAUGUGGCUAUGUGGAUGGUAAAGUACCACGAUUGUUUGUCCGCACUGGAAAACGGGAUUCAUAACUUCCGUGAGGUGGCUGAAUGGAUUGCCACCACAAACUGUUGCCUUGAUUCGUUUGGAUAUUACUUCUUGUUGAAGCAAUAUUUAAAAGAUGAAUCUCAAAGUGAUUCAGCAUCACCUACUAGAGGCAGAACAAAAUCAUCUGACUUGUGAAUGAACUUCACCUACUAAACUACUAGCAAGUGUCUUCUAUCAUUACGAUGAAUGAAAUGAUGUGUUUCAAAGCUUGAUCCUUUCACUUUACCCAGUCCAGGCCCAAUUCAAGCUAAUUCAAGCUUUCUUACUAGAUGUUAUGACUAACUUGUAAUACUGGACUCACUCUGGUUGUUGGUUUUCUAUUAGCCUCCCUAUAGGUAUUGACUUUACAUGUAUGAAUGUAUAUAAAUGUUUUGUAUGUAUUUGUUUGCUAUUCUUCUGACAAUUCCAUAUGAAUACCUAUGAGAUGUGGAAAUGCAUAAAUGUAUGUGUUAAUGUUAA